UUUCCCUUCCUGCUGCCUUUGUUCUACCGCGCACUCUGUGAGCCGAUCCGCUACUCGAUUCCUGAGGAGCUGGCCAAGGGCUCGGUGGUGGGGAAUCUCGCCAAGGACCUAGGGCUCAGUGUCCAGGAAGCGUCAGCUCGGAAGCUGCGAGUUAGCGCGGAGAAGCUGCUUUUCAGUAUAGACAGGGAGAGCGGGGACUUACUGGUGAAGGACCGAAUAGACCGCGAGCAGAUUUGCAGAGAGAGGAGAAGAUGUGAAUUGCAGUUGGAAGCCGUGGUGGAAAAUCCCUUAAACAUUUUCCAUAUCAUUGUGGUUGUUGAGGAUAUUAAUGACCAUGCUCCUCAAUUCGAUAAAAAGGACAUACAUUUAGAAAUUUUUGAGUCUGUAUCCGCAGGUGCACGAAUAUCCCUUGACCCUGCCACUGACCCCGAUAUAAACAUGAACUCAAUUAAAGACUAUCAUAUCAAUCCUAACUCUUACUUCAAGUUAAUGGUUAGAGUUAAUUCCGAUGGUGGCAAAUACCCAGAGUUAUCUUUGGAGAAACCUCUAGACCGGGAGGUGCAGCGGUCUCAUCGCUUGAUACUAACGGCCUUGGAUGGAGGGGACCCGCCACGAAGUGCCACCGUUAGAAUAGAAAUUGUUGUCAAAGACACCAAUGACAACCCCCCGGUGUUUAGCAAAGAUGAAUAUAGAGUCAGUGUCAGUGAAAGUCUGCCCCCUGGGUCCUCCGUGCUGCAGGUGACAGCCACUGACCAGGAUGAGGGGGCCAAUGCCGAAAUAAGCUACCACUUCAGGAGCACUGCUCAGAGUACGAGGCACAUGUUCUCACUGGACGAGAAAACAGGCCUGAUUAAGAAUAACCAGUCAUUGGAUUUUGAGGAUAUGGAAAGAUAUACCAUGGAAGUGGAAGCAAAAGACGGAGGUGGUCUCUCCACCCAAUGUAAAGUCAUAAUAGAAAUCCUAGAUGAAAACGACAACAGCCCAGAAAUAAUCAUCACGUCUCUCUCGGAUGAGAUUUUGGAGGAUUCCCAACCAGGAAUGGUCGUGGCCCUCUUCAAAACACGGGACUGGGAUUUCGGAGGAAAUGGCGAGGUCAUGUGUGACAUAGAAAGAGACGUUCCUUUCAAGAUUCAUUCUUCUUCUAAUAAUUACUACAAGCUGGUGACAGACGGGACCCUGGACCGAGAACAGACCCCGGAGUACAAUGUGACCAUCACAGCCACCGACAGGGGCAAGCCGCCCCUCUCCUCCAGCACCACCAUCACCCUGCGCGUCACCGAUGUCAACGACAACGCCCCGGUGUUCCAGCAGCCAGCCUACCUGGUCCACGUGCCAGAAAACAACCCGCCCGGGGCCUCCAUCGCGCAGGUCAGCGCCUCCGACCCCGACCUGGGCCCCAACGGCCAGGUGUCCUACGCCAUCGUGGCCAGCGACCUGGAGGCACGGGCGCUGUCGUCCUACGUGUCCGUGAGCGCGCACAGCGGGGUGGUGUUCGCGCAGCGCGCCUUCGACCACGAGCAGCUGCGCGCCUUUGAGCUGACGCUGCAGGCGCGCGACCAGGGCUCGCCCGCGCUCAGCGCCAACGUGAGCCUGCGCGUGCUGGUGGGCGACCGCAACGACAACGCGCCCCGGGCGCCUCCUGGUGGCCGUGCGGGACGGGGGCCAGCCGCCCCUCUCAGCCACCGCCACGCUGCUCCUGGUCUUCGCUGACAGCCUGCAAGAGGCGCUGCCGGACCUGAGCGAACGUCCUUCGCCCUCUGACCCCCAGGCUGAGCUGCAGUUCUAUCUGGUGGUGGCCUUGGCCUUGAUCU